CAACGGAAAGAAUAAACUACUGUAAAUGCGGAAGAAGAAGAAGACGAGACUAUUGUCUAAUUAUUUUACCGAUUAAAGUGUGUGAAAAAAAAAGCGCAUCUGUCAAACUUCAGUGUGGAAAAAGAUCAAGAACUGAACUGAAGAUGGACAAAACUGGACAAAAUCCAGAGAAGCAGCUUGUCUGUGCAGAGGCUCAGGCUGGAGCGUCCAACUGGGAGGAGUUCACACCUGAAGUAACACAGGGGUUUGGAUUCAUUGCAUACAAGUUCAGCUGUCCCCGUCCGGGUUCGUUCCAUUGUAGUCAGACUGGAUUGGUGUUUGUUGUGGAUGGAGAGGCGACCCUUCAGUACAGGACUGUCUAUUGGGAUGUGAACCUCCUGGAGUCAUCUGGUUCGGGGGCUGCAGGGCCAUUGUUGAAUAUCGAGUGUCCAGAAGACGCUGUUCGUCAGCUCCACUUCCCACACUGUGAGACAGAACCCGUUCAACGCUCUAAGAAGUGGCUGUGUGUCGUCAACAUCACCGACGAUGGAAUGAGUUUCAUUAAGCCGCUAGACAUCACCAGUUCUCAUGUGGUCAUCAACGUCUGCAGUCUGUCUAAGUAUGGUCUUCUGGAGAGGAGUAUUCAGUACACCAGAUCAGUCAGAUGCCGAGUCCUGCUGCUCCUCGCACCAGUCAACUACAGAACGCGGUCGCAGAACCUGUUCGUGUUAAUGCUGCCGUGUAACGUCGUUCUGGAUGCGGUGAAAUCUCAACAUAUGACUGACAUAGUCAUUGAAACCCCCACCCCAUUAGAUCUGAUCCGAGAGCGGAAGUACAACGUUCUGUGUCCUGAAGGCAAUUUGAUCCAGCCUCAGGAAGACGAUUUCGACUUGGACUUUGGGCCAAAUUAUCACCCGAUGUUUCAAGUCCGCCUGGUACCAAACACUGAAAGAGUGACUUUAACCAUCCAAGAGGAAAAAAAGAAGAAUGUGUGGGAGCAGACAAUAGAUCUGACUGGUUCUGGUCUGUUGUAAAGUCCAGAGAAGAAGCUGGAGUAAAGGCCAGUUCAGCCAUGAUCGCUGCUGUCAGCUGAAGCUGUUGUGACUCCAGAUGUCCAACACACUCGGUCCAACACACAAAUGAAAAUAAUCAAGAAAACACACCCUGAUCAGUCUGUCUCAUAUUUUUUAGCCAGAUUAAUUUUGAAAUGAUUCUGAUUUUUUUUAAAUCUCUUUUGUAUUCAUAUUUUUUUUAUUGAGUGAAGCUUCCAAAGCUUUUCAGAAUAAAGGUUGUUGUGACGAUAUACUACAAUUUAAUACACUGUAGCCGGUAAGUACCACCUUAAAUAUUAGGCAUCAGAUAUCAUAUGCUUGUGCUAAUACUUGUAGAGACUCUACUUUUCUUUACAUUCAGACUGUUUUUUUCCAGGUGCUUUAAAAUUGAUGUACAAAUUAGUGAGUUGUUACAUAAAAGAAUAAAUAAAAACAUAAGUGUU